GUUUGUGCUGUCCUCUCAGGCUAAAGGCGGAGCGCACCUGUCACAGACGGUACCUGCUAUUUUCUCAGAUUUAAGCCCUGAUGAUGGCCUCUACUCGCAGGACGGUGUUGUCGCUGUACAUGCGGGUGUUUCGCAUUGCCCGAACCUGGCAGGCACAGAGCGGAGUUGCAAAUGACACAGAGACUGAGAGGAAAUACAUUCUUCAGGAGGCCCGCUCUCUGUUCAGACAGAACCAGCAGUUGGCAGAUCAAGGAUCAAUAAAGAAGUGCAUAGAAGAAUGUGAAGCAAGGAUAGAAAUAGGUCUACAUUACAGGAACCCAUAUCCACGUGCUACCUACCUUCCACCACUGGGACUGGCAACUCAGAAAGGCAGGAAGCUGCGAGCACAGCAGCGCCUGAGGAAGCAGGCCAAGCCAAUUUACUUACAGUCACAUGACGAGACCUGAUGCUCGAUAUCCUUGAUCCUAGCCAAGAGUUCAAGUUACCAGGGACAGAAAACUAGAAUGCAGUCACAAGCUGAUCUCGUGGGCAGAGUUGUUGUUAGCACUCAAUAGUGCAAGAUUGCUCCGUCAUUCAGGAAAACGCCAUUUUUCAUUAUGUUUUUUUAACACAAGUUCUUAUUCCAGCUGAAGAGUGUCAGCUUCUGUCGCAGCUCAGGAAUGCUGUCAGUGUGGUGCGUCCUGUAAUGAGAUCAAGUUGUAUUAUAUGUAGAUUUUAUUUAUAAUUCUGUGUAAAAAUGUGUAAUAAACACUUAUUUUUUCAGUAUAAAUGUGAUCCUGUAAAGAUACAAG